CGGUCUGUUUCCGGGGUGGAGCCAGGGAGGGCGGAGUUUAGGCUGCACCGACCCCUCAGCCCCCCUCCAGGAGACGUGCGGAGCCCGAGACAUGCCGGGAUUGAGGAGAUACGAGGUGGCGCUGGAGGCGGAGGAGGAGAUCUACUGGGGCUGCUUCUACUUUUUCCCGUGGCUGCGCAUGUGGCGGAGGGAGCGGAGCUCGGCACACCCCCGGGAGCCGAAGCUGGAGCCUCUGCGGGGCCUGAUGAGCUGCCUGUCGAGCGGCCUGGGCCCUGUCCCCCAGCGCUCCGGUCUCGCCCUCCCCCGCCGCACGCCCGCCGCCACUGCCCAGCCCGCCAGUGCAUUAAAGGUUUAAACCGGAG